AGAGGUGCGACGGACGGCGGUCGAGCCACGGCCACGGCCACGGCCACGGCUCGCAACCCUAGCGCCGCCCCCUGCUGCAUCUUCCUACUUCGCAGCAUAGGGAUUGGACUGAUUUCACGACCCUUUUCAGGACUAUGUUUCAAAAUGGUUUAGUCCAAUUUCCUUACGUGGGCCGCGCUGCUGUUCUGAAGCCCAAUAUCGAUCUUAACGACGAGCGAUUUAUAAGCAAAGAGCGGGCAACACGUUUCAGUUCAAUCUCUGUCAUCGGAUCUGUUCUUGCUUUUCCGGAGGGCGACCCGAUGGAUGCCGCGUCAUCCGCUGCGCUAAUCUGCCGGAGUUCCUUCCCUGCCGUGUCGGCAACCCCCGAUCGCCGGCCUGCCGCCCUACCGAGGGCUGGAAUUUUGCCGUUCUCCUACCGUCGGCCAUUCUCUGUGAACGGGCUGAAGUGUCGGGCUGCUUCUCGAGACGUGGAGCCUGUCUCGGCGGACUCGGAAGGGGAAGAUGGGGCGCCGGCCUCCGCCGUGCCAGUUUACACUCCCACUCCUCCGAACAGAGAGCUCCGGACUCCUCAUAGCGGGUACCAUUUUGAUCGAACAACACGAUUAUUUUUUGAGGGAUGGUAUUUCAAGGUUUCGAUCCCUGAGUGUCGACAAAGCUUUUGCUUUAUGUACACAAUGGAGAAUCCAAUAUUCCCUAAUGGAAUGGGAACACUAGACAGUGUGGUGUAUGGACCUCGUUUUACUGGAGCUGGAGCUCAGAUUCUAGGUCCCGAUGAUAAAUAUAUAUGUCAAUUCACAAAAGAAUCGAAGAACUUUUGGGGAAAUAGGCAUGAACUUAUGUUGGGGAACACCUUUCUCCUUGGGAAAGGAUCAGCUCCAACAGGGGAGGUCCAACCUCAGGAAUUCCGUGAACGUGUACUUGAGGGUUUCCAAGUCAGUCCACUCUGGCAUCAAGGCUUCAUACGUGAUGAUGGAAGGUCAAAUUAUGUUGAAACUGUGAAAACAGCACGUUGGGAAUACAACACCCGUCCAGUGUAUGGCUGGGGUGAUGUCAACUCAAAACAAAAAUCAACAGCUGGUUGGCUCGCCGCAUUCCCUGUGUUUGAACCUCAUUGGCAAAUAUGCAUGGCAAGUGGUUUAUCAACAGGUUGGAUAGAAUGGGAUGGAAAGCGAUUUGAAUUUGAAAAUGCUCCAUCCUACUCUGAGAAGAACUGGGGUGGUGGAUUUCCAAGAAAAUGGUUUUGGGUACAAUGUAAUGUUUUCAAAGGUGCGUCAGGUGAGGUUGCUCUAACUGCAGCUGGGGGCUUGAGGAAGUUGCCUGGAUUCACUGAGAAUUUUGAAAAUGCUGCCUUGGUUGGUGUCCACUAUGGUGGAUCGUUCUAUGAAUUUGUGCCUUGGAAUGGAACAGUGAGGUGGGAUGUAGCUAAGUGGGGCUUUUGGCAUAUGUCUGCAGAAAACAACACACAUAUGGUCGAGUUGCAAGCCACCACAACAGACCCUGGAAUACCCUUGCGGGCUCCAACAACCGAAGCUGGACUCGACGUGGUUUGCAAAGAUACAUGUUUUGGUGACCUAAAGCUACAACUCUGGGAACGCAAAUUUGAUGGCAGUAAGGGGAAGUUGAUCCUGGAUGUCACCAGCAACAUGGCGGCCGUGGAAGUUGGUGGCGGUCCAUGGUUCUCCAAUUGGAAGGGGACAACCUCCUCGCCGGAGUUGAUAAGCCGGGCAUUGGCUGUCAAUGUUGAUGUCGAAAGCUUCUUUCCUCUUCCGUUUCUGAAGCCUCCAGGUCUUUGAAUUGCCUUUUUCCAACGUGACCUCAUAACCAUAGUUAGGACACAACUUCUGAGCCAGGGCAGGUCAAGAAAGAAAAUCUGAAAGUAACAAAAUUUCACAAAGAAAUCAUAGAAAUCUGGAUUCAGCGUGUUGGAAAGAAAAUAUUAUUACAAAGUGGUUGAUCAUCAUAUUGCAAUCUUGAAUAUCAAUUUAAUUUACCAAAUGACGUACGAAUUCUGAAUUUGUCUUUAUGAUUUUGUAUUUACCGAAGGGCAUAGUAAAAUGUGUAACAUGCCCCUAUCCCAUCUUAUUUUUCAAGGCAUUUGAACUAUAUUUUU